AUGAGAGCAUCACUAGUAGCAUUGGGAAGAUCCUCGUGGAAAGGUCCGUUCGUGGUGCCCUUGCCAAUAGCACAGGCCAAGAAAAACGGCACCCCCAUCAGAACAAACGCCAGAUCGUGCACCAUCAUGCCACAGUUCGUGGGCCUCAAGUUUCAGGUGCACAACGGCAGGGACUAUGUGCAGGUAGAAAUAACGGAAAACAUGGUCGGUUCGAAGCUAGGAGAGUUUGCGCACACCAGAAAGAGAUGGUCGUACACCCAGACUAAGAACAAAUAG